AUGUUUUAUUCUCUUUAACUGUUCUUAACUAUGAUCAUUUUUGUUUUGUUUUACUGGUUGUUUAAUUGUUUGGCUGAGAAAGGAAUGAAGUUGCUUGGGACUAGUGCUUGGAGAAGAGGGGACAAAUCGUCCUGAUUGCUGUGUCUUGGUGUCUUUCUGGUGCUGAGUCUGCAUGUCUCCCGAGCCAAUGCCUUUUGGGUUGCUCAUCUGAACAUAUCAUUUCAAAUAGGGAACAAGACUGUAUGGGAGUUAGCUGACAAUGGAGUAUUUGGAAAAAACUCCCCAUGGAAGAAGGUGUCUGGAGUGGUGGUGCCACCAGAGGGAAUGAACCAAAUUGCCUGCAACCCCUUAACAAACUUCAGCAGGCCUGUAAACUCUGAGACCUGGAUAGCCCUCAUUAAGAGGGGACACUGUACCUUCACAAAGAAAAUAAAUGUGGCAGCAGAGAGGGGAGCAGUUGGCGUGAUUAUCUAUAACCAUCCAGGUACAGGAAAUGGAGUAUUUCCUAUGAUGUACCUGGGUUCAGAAGAUAUUGUUGCAAUUAUGAUUGGCAAUCUGAAGGGCGUGGACAUUUUACACUUGAUACAGAAUGGCAUCCAAGUAAUAAUAGCAAUAGAAGUAGGAAAACGCUGUGGUUCCUGGAUGAAUCAUUACUGGGGAUCGCUUCUCAUCUGCACAUUGGUAACGGUGGCCUAUUUUACCUUUUACUGUGCUGGAAGGCUAAGGAUAGCAAGAACUCAUAUCAGGAGAUGCCAACAAUUAACAGAUGUCAAGAAAGCUAUUGGUCAACUUGAGCUUCGCAUAUUAAAAGAGGGUGACAAGGAAGCCGAAACAGAUGCAGAGAACUGCGUAGUGUGUCUGGAAGUAUACAAGCCCAAAGACGUAGUGCGCAUUUUAAGAUGCAGACAUAUUUUCCAUAGGAAGUGCAUUGACCCUUGGCUGCUGAAGCACAGAACAUGCCCCGUGUGCAAAUAUGACAUUCUCAAAGCUAGGGAAACUGAGCUGCCUGUUAAAAAUGAAGCAGAGUCUUUACAAGCUGUAGUGCCAAAUGAAGCUCCUAACACCACUUUACUUAAUGAAGAAGAUAAUCAUAAUGAAUAUGUGUUAGUACAAGGUGCAGAGAGACCAUCUGUGGAUGAGUAA